AUGUCGUCCAAAGUAGCUAGUGUUCCGGGUACGGGAAAAGAGAAGAACAGCAGCACGUUCGUUCGCGAGACGCGUAGCGUCAAGGUUCCCCACCACCGCUUCCCUCCCCUAAAGAAGGUGUGGUUGGAGGUCUACACACCGAUUGUGGAGCACUGCAAAUUGGAGAUUCGUAUGAAUCUUAAAUCUCGCUCCGUCGAGCUGCGGACCUGCCCAGCCACCAUGGAAGCUUCAGGGGGUGCGGGGGACGGCAGCAAGGUGUUUCUUCAAAAGGCAGAAGAUUUUGUCAAGGCGGUAGUGGCUGGAUUUGACGUCAAAGACGCAGUCGCCUUGCUGCGUAUGGAUGAUGUGUACAUUGAGGGCUUUGAAGUGAAGGAUGUGCGGGCCAAUCUGCAAGGUGACAACCUAUCUCGGUGCAUUGGGCGGAUGAGCGGCUCCCAUGGCAAAACGAAGUACACCAUCGAAAAUGUUACACGAACGCGAAUUGUCAUUGCUGACACACACAUUUGGGUGAUGGGAACGACACAGAACAUCCGUGUGGCAAGGGACGCUCUUUGUGAUUUGAUUCGUGGUAGCCCAGCCGCAAAGGUGUACACCCGCGUGCGCGCCGUAAUGAAUCGCGUGAAUGACACCUUUUAG